GGGAUUUGAAUCAGAAAGCCCUGGCUCUAGCGCUGUUGUGAAAACUUGGGCUAACCUGAGUUUAGGCGAAACCUAAACCUUGUGAUGGUUUCCUCCACUUUAAAACGGGAGCCGCAAUAGCACCCACCGCAUGGAGUGGGGGUGAGUGUCCAGUGAGGGAGCACGUAGGAGCCCCGCACGUCACAGGCACUCAAUCAAUACUAGCCAUUAUCAAUUAGGAAACGCAAAUGUUCCCAAGCUCAGGUAAUUUCCAGAACUUCCCUCCCCAUGUUUUCUUCUCUGUUUGGUUUUACUGCUUCUAUAACUUCUCAGACGGCCGUCUCCUUCUCUGUUUGUCUUCUCUUUGUGCCCCCAAGGACGAUAGGACUCUGACUUGUCUCAGGAAUAAGCUGAAGUGAGGUGAGUACUUUUCCUUCAACAGCAGCGAGCAGAGCCCAGGAGACAGAGACACACUUUGGGUUAAGUGCAUUCUGGCAUUUGCGGCCAUCCCAGAGGGCACCGCUGGAGACCUGGCCCCUCGCUGCUCCCUGUUGCCACAGCUGGCUCACAUUUGACCCCACAAUUUGUUUUCUCUUCCCCAAGGGUGAAGCCACACCUCCUUCCAUCCUGGACGCAGACUAGCAAGCUGUCAGGGAGAACUCUGAGAUCCUGCGGUGACACCAUGACCUCAGAAGCCCGUGGGGUCUCCCCAGAGGGUGAAAAUUUUCUUGAGGAUGUCAUUGAGUAUUUCCGGAACACAGUGAGCAGAGAGGAACUGCAGGAUCUGCUGACUGAUGAGAAUGCCUGGGAGCAACUUGUGGAUGAAGCCAAUUUGUCCAGGGAGGAGGCAGAUGCGCUGCAUGAAGGUCUGAACAAGCUGAACACAGACCAACUGGACAGGGAGAAGUUUCUGAACGAGUUUCCUCGGGUGAAACAGGAGCUUGAGGAGCGCAUCGGAAAGCUCCACGCACUUGCAGACAAGGUUGACAAGGUACACAGGGACUGCACCAUCUCCAACGUGGUGGCCAACUCCACUGGCGCUGUGGCUGGCAUCCUCACCAUCCUUGGCCUGGCUCUGGCACCCGUGACAGCAGGGGUCAGUCUGGCACUCUCGGCAACUGGGAUGGGGCUGGGGGCAGCAGCUGCUGUGACCAGUGUGUCCACCAGCAUCGUGGAAUAUUCAACCAACUCGUCAGCAGAAGCUGAAGCCAGUCGCCUGGCGUUAUUUGACAGCAAUAAAGGGGAGAUAGUUAAGGAAACUCUACUUCACGGCGCUCCCGACAUUGUUUCCAUAUCAAAGAAUUUCAUCGAAGUCGUGGAAAAUAUUGGGAAGAACAUCCGUGCUCUCAAGGUAGUCAAAACCAAACCUCACUUGGUAGACCACGCCAACCGCCUCAUGACUGUUGGGGAGAUCUCAGGCCGAAGGGACAAGCAGGUGAAGAAAGCUUUUGGAGGUACUGUUCUGGCAAUGACCAAAGAAGCCCGGGCCACAAAUGUGGCCACCGUGAGUGUCUCCCUUCUGAUGGAUGUGAUCAGCCUUGUCCAAGAUUCAGUGCAUUUGCAUAAAGGGGCAAAGGCAAACACAGCUGAAGAGCUGAGGCAGCAGGCUCGAGAGCUGGAGGGGAAGUUGGAGGAGCUCACCCAGAUCCAUGACAUGCUGCAACAGGGCCUCAUUCCAUGACCCCAGGGCAGUGCAGGGAGCAGGGGCAUGUGCUGGACAAAGGCUUGGAGGUACUUGUUAGAGGGAAAAAGGGGGCUAGAGAAAGUUUCUGGGACUGGGCGUUGAGGAGUUUGGCAUUUCUGUAGCUGAGCACAGCAGGGAGGGGUUAAUGCAGAUGGCAGGUGGGUCAGAGAGAAAGAAAGAAAGUGGAGCCUGGAAUAAGGGGGGGAGGGGAUUGGGAGUGAGGGGAAUGGGGAGAAACCUUCGAUUUUGCACUAAAGAAGACACUGGGGGCAUGGAUAGAGAGAGAGCUGUGGGGGAAGAAGCAAUGAGAAGGCUAAGAAUACCAGAGCUGGAAUCAAGAGCAAGCUAGAGCGUUAGAAUUGUUGGAAUUUGGAGAAGCAGCCCGGCUCCCCUAUCGACCCUCCCCGUGCUUUGACCUCCCGCCAAGAAUGCAGUCUUUCCCCGUGGUGGUCUUCAGCCCCGCCUUUGCGUGACCAACCCACCUUUGUCUUCCAGCGAGUUCAUCUUAGUUAUGGUACAGGCUCUUGACACCAGCCCUGAUAGCAGUUCCCCUACACUGAACCCAGCAUAUAUGGGGUUGAAACCAAAACCCACCACCCCCGUUCCUGCUUCUGUAGCUCAUCUCACAUGCAAACACCUGUUCCCUUAACCUUUGCCUCCUUGAGCUCUACGACCAAACAGGAGUUACAAGUUGCUAAAGCCCAGGUGGCCUGGAGUUGGAGGCACGGGAAAGUUUAGCUAAUCAUGUGUCCUUGAAGUUUGCCAAGAAAACUGCUGUCUCAGGAAUAUCAAAGAGUGGAGGCUUCCCAGACCUCAGCUCCUCGACUCCCGACGCUCACUUGAACCCACCUCAAUCUGGAAGACAAGAAGGAGAAGGAUGCCCACCUGCCAUCCUCCUAACCCACCAUCCCAUCUCCCCCUGACCCCCAUCUCCCCUCCCCCGCCCUCCCUCCUGCGCCCCACCUCACUACAAGCAGCCUCUCAAGGCCAAAGGCAGGCUGAUGAGAAAACGCUGGCCCGCACAGCUACAUGCGCCUCCUCCCCUUCCCAAAACCCCAAAUAAAAAUCCCUACUUGUUCCUUAUUGGGGAGCUAGCAAUUUUGAGAUGUGAGCCCUUGCUUUACUCCCUGUGCUUGGCAUA